AUGUCAUCCAGAGGUCCACGAUUCAUGAAGUUCUGGGCUGAAUCCGUUCCGCCCCCGCCAGCUACGAAGCUUGGCCGCCACAGACAGUUGGCACCCAAUGCCGGCAUCCAUGUCUCUCCGCUUUGCCUCGGUGCGAUGAGCAUCGGCGAAAAAUGGGGCCCGCUGGGCAUGGGCGAGAUGACCAAGGAGCAGAGUUUCAAGCUCCUAGACGCAUUCUACGCCGCGGGCGGAAACUUCAUCGACACGGCGAACAACUACCAGGACGGCGAGUCGGAGCAGCUCAUCGGGGAAUGGAUGGAGGCGCGCGGUGUGCGCGACCAGAUGGUGGUGGCUACAAAGUACACUAGCAACUGGAAACGUGGUGAGAACAUGCCACAGAAGACCAGUUACGUGGGAAACAACAUGAAGUCGCUCUACCUGUCCGUCGAGAAGUCCCUCAAGGACCUCCGCACCAAUUACGUAGACAUCCUGUAUGUCCACUGGUGGGACUGGACAUGCGGAGUCGAGGAGGUGAUGAACGGCCUGCACCACCUCGUCGCGGAGCGCAAAGUGCUCUACCUCGGCAUCUCGGAUACUCCGUCGUGGAUUGUCUCCAAAGCCAACAUGUAUGCACGUCUCACCGGCAAGACACCAUUCGUGGUAUACCAAGGCGCCUGGAGUGUUCUACAGCGAGACUUGGAGCGUGAGAUCAUCCCUAUGGUCCGCGCUGAAGGGAUGGCCAUUGCGCCGUGGAACGUGCUCGCUGCCGGUAGAAUACGCACAGACGCAGAGGAGGAACGUCGGCGUCAAACCGGGGAACAUGGGAGAAAAGUUGCAAGUGAUGCAUGGGAGCGGACGCCUGAGCAAAAGGAAGUUUGCAAGACUCUCGAGAAGAUUGCAGGCGAGGUCGACGCCAAGAGCAUCACCGCUAGAUCAGCGGAAUUCUCACAAAGUUGGCCAGUUGCGAUCGCAUAUGUCAUGCAGAAGACGCCAUACGUGUUCCCGAUUGUCGGUGGACGCAAGGUCGAGCACUUGAUGGACAACAUCAACGCUCUUGACGUCUCCCUCAACGAGGACCAGAUCGCACAGAUCGAAGACGUGCUCCCGUUCGAUUUGGGCUUCCCGCAUAAUAUGUUUGGCGACGGCUCGUGGUAUGCCCCCAUGUAUCAGUCGGCGGGCCGUUUCGACAAGUGGCCUCGCCAGCAGGCGAUCCGGCCUUCUGAAAGCGGCUGA